UUCAAUGUCGGGGACUGUAUGCCGCAACAACACUGUUGCGGCAUUCAAUGAAGCGUUUCCUGCGCAUUCCUUUUUUUUAGAUGCGAACUCAAACCACUUUUUUUGGCCUCCAUAAAUGGUGCAAUUCUAACGAGGUGAAGCAAGAACGGGAAGACAAGGCGAUCCGUGACGUGACAGCGUCCCCCACUUCAGUAUUACAGGACGGGGUCGUUUCUUGAACGCGUAUUUAUUCAAUGGACUACAGACCCAGCAAGAUUACACAAUCUCCGAUGGGAUUAAAGGUCAAAAAAGGCAUCAAAGAGUCUGGAGGAACCUUUGAUUGUUUUUGUGUUAAUCAGAUCAGGGUUUCCAAACUGUGGGUCAGGGGCCUAAUUUGAACGCAGAGGAAAUUUGUUUUUUCCAGUAAAUCUAUAAUUUUUAAUAAUUUUGCAGUCCUCCGCCACCAUUAUGCUGCUGAACUGCGAUCAUCCUUUAACUCUUUUGAGUUAUUCAGAUGUGCCGCCCCGUGUCAUUGAGAACUUCAUCCUCACCGGAUACCGUUUCCCUAACUACAGCUUCCGGGAUUGCAUCCUGUCAGCGUUCCGGCCCACAAAUGAAACAGGCAACUUCUGGACGCACUUCCUCCCCAUGUUUGUGUUUGCAUACUACUACGCUGAGGUGUUUGACUGGGAAGGGUCGCCGUCUGGGGGUCAUCCGUUCUUCUACCCGCUUUGGAACUACUUCCUGUGUGUUUCCCUUCUGCUGAUGUGCAGCAGUUUGGCCCACUUGCUUAACGCCAUGUCGCUGGUGGUGAGAGAGGUGUGCUUCUUUGUGGAUUAUGGCACCAUUAGCGCCUACACGGUUGGAUCGUCCUUGGCGUAUCACUACUACAUCCAUCCCAGGCCUGGGGUAGUCGAGACUAAGGGGAACACCACCCACAUUGGGGACCUGAACUCUUCAGCGUUUCAACUCUUCUUUGAAACACUUUACAUCCCGAGUGCUUGUGUCGUGGCGGUUAUUUGCCUCUUAUCCUGCUGCAACUCGCGUCAAAAGUGGAGGCGCCACCGCUACGCUAUUCGUACCCUUGUGUUCCUUCUCCCGUUUCUGGUGUCAUCCACACCCGUUUUUUACCGCCUCAUCCAAUCACCGUACUCCACUGCAUCAAUCUUCUUUUAUCGCCACUGCCUCUGGCUACUGGUAUCGGCGGUUUUCAACAUCAGCAAGGUCCCUGAGAGGUUGGCGCCGGGUCAAUUCGACAUCUGGGGUCACAGCCACCAGUGGUUCCACUGCUGCACGUUUUUAUCUAUUCUUGAUGAGUUACACAUGAUUAAGUCGGAGGUGAGGGUCAUCUUGGACGACUCGGCAACGCUGCCGCCUGGCCCCACGGUGGCGGCCACUUAUGGGGUCAUGCUCUUCCUGCAGACGACCAUCAUGUCCAUUAUUGUGGCUUUUUCUUGGAAUGCUAACUGUAUUUAUGGACCUCUCAGGGAUCAACUAGCAAAGAAACAGAAAUGUCACUGACUAUUUAAUAGUACUUUUUAUUCCUAUGUAGUAAUGAAUCAGUGAUGAAUAAAAACACAAUGUUUUCCCCUGAUGCUCGUCCUAAGCUUCGAUGUAUGCAUUUGUAGUUUAUAUACAUCACAAAUAGGGUCCAUUUGAUGGUUAUCAUGCUAACAAGGUUUGUUUAACAUAUAACUUUUGUAUGUGCAUGUUUUCAUUCAUUCAUUCAUUUUCUACCGCUUUUUCCUCACGAGGGUCGCGGGGGGUGCUGGAGCCUAUCCCAGCUGUCUUUGGGCGAGAGGCGGAGUACACCCUGGACUGAUCGCCAGCCAAUCACAGGGCACAUAUAGACAAACAACCAUUCACACUCACAUUCAUACCUAUGGACAAUUUGGAGUCGCCGAUUAACCUAGCAUGUUUUUGGAAUGUGGGAGGAAACCGGAGUACCCGGAGAAAACCCACGCAUGCACGGGGAGAACAUGCAAACUCCACACAGAGAUAACCAAGGGUGGAAUUGAACCCUGGUCUCCUAGCUGUGAGGUCUGAGCGCUAACCACUCGACCGCCGUGCCACCCUGUGCAUGUUUUUUUUUUUUUUACAGUUUAUAUUAUACAACUUGGGCCCUCUGUAGGCAACCCGUGGACCACAUCUGACCCAUUGAAGGUUUUAUUUGUCCGGCCAACUAAAGACGUUCAUGCAGUACUCAGUGAAGUGUGCAGUAGAAGAGGGCUUGCAUUUAAACAAAUAUGGUCCUUAAAUUCUAUUAAAAAAGAAAAUGAAAAUAGGAUUUUUAAUAGUGACUGGACUAAAAUACCAUUAAGUGACAAAGCAGAUGUGUUUUGUCACAAAGUAAACACCGUUUCAAAGGAACUUCCCUUGUUUUAGACUAAAACAGAUUUAUUCAAUGUUUGUGGAAUGCUAUGUUUGAAAUGUAAAAUGUGUUUGCUCCGUUUAAUGAACAGCACAUGUCCGGGCCUUGGCCAGUGGCGCUUAUGGUUUCAAUGAUGCUCUGGGCUGACGGACAAACUCUCCAACCCCCAACACAAAGCUUUUCUUUACAAAUACAUUUUUUUUUAAUUAACAAAACUUUACUGUAAAACUUGCCACAAAAGAUCCAUCCAUCUUCUAUGCCGCUUAUCCUCACUAUAGGGUCAGGGGUAUGCUGGCUGGGGCAGAGGCAGGGUACACCCAUCACCAACCAGUAUAGUAAAACAAAAUAUUCAAAGCCAAGUCAUACGUAGUAUUAUAUACUGGUCACUAGGUGUUGGUAAUGUUACAGUGAAGAUACAUUACCUUGCAUUACAUUACUACUCUUUAUUACUAUUAUUACUGUACAUUACUACAUUGUACUCUUGCUGCUGUGCAAUGCAAAUUUCCCCA